UUUCCUGCAUGAGACUUAUUUAAACGUUACACACACAUCUUUUGUGAAAGAAGAAAAGGAAAUUCAGCUCGUGGGGCUCAGCGGGAGUUCAGCUAAUGCAGCUUAAAAUAAUGAUGCCGAAAAAGAAGCACUUAUCUGCAGGCAGAGCACCCCUGAUACUCUUCCUGUGCCAGAUGAUUAGUGCACUGGAAGUCCCUCUUGAUCCAAAACUUCUUGAAGACUUGGUACAACCUCCAACCAUUACUCAACAGUCUCCAAAAGAUUACAUUAUUGACCCACGGGAGAAUAUUGUAAUCCAGUGUGAGGCCAAAGGGAAACCUCCUCCAAGUUUCUCCUGGACCCGAAAUGGGACUCAUUUCGACAUAGAUAAAGACCCUCUUGUCACCAUGAAGUCUGGCUCGGGAACCCUCACGGUCAACAUCAUGAGCGAGGGGAAAGCAGAGACGUAUGAAGGAGUUUAUCAGUGUACAGCCAGGAACGAACGCGGGGCUGCAAUUUCUAAUAACAUUGUCAUCCGUCCAUCUAGGUCACCGUUGUGGACCAAAGAAAAACUUGAACGAAUAACACUUAGAAAUGGCCAGUCUUUGGUACUGCCCUGCAGACCCCCAGUUGGGUUACCACCACCUAUAAUAUUCUGGAUGGAUAAUUCCUUUCAAAGACUUCCACAGAGUGAGAGAGUUUCCCAGGGUCUGAAUGGAGACCUUUAUUUUUCUAAUGUGCUCCCAGAGGAUACCCGGGAAGACUACAUCUGUUACGCACGAUUUAACCACACUCAAACCAUACAGCAGAAGCAACCUAUUUCUGUGAAGGUGAUUUCAGUGGAUGAAUUGAAUGACACUAUAGCUGCUAAUUUGAGUGACACUGAGUUUUAUGGUGCUAAAUCACAUAGAGAGAGGCCACCAACAUUUUUAACUCCAGAAGGCAAUGCAAGCCGCAGAGAGGAAUUACGAGGAAAUGUCCUUUCACUUGAGUGCAUUGCAGAAGGGCUGCCUACCCCAAUUAUUUACUGGAUAAAAGAAGAUGGAACACUCCCCAUCAACCGGACAUUUUAUAGGAACUUUAAGAAAACUCUGCAGAUUGUUCAGGUUACAGAAGCAGACUCUGGGAAUUACCAGUGUAUAGCCAAAAAUGCACUAGGAGCCAUCCAUCAUGUCAUUUCUGUCACAGUUAAAGCGGCUCCAUAUUGGAUCAUAGCACCUCAAAAUCUUGUGCUGUCCCCAGGAGAGGAUGGAACCCUGAUCUGCAGAGCUAAUGGCAACCCCAAACCCAGAAUUAGCUGGUUAUUGAAUGGAGUCCCGAUAGAAAUUGCCCCUGAUGACCCCAGCAGAAAAAUAGAUGGCGAUACCAUUAUUUUUUCGAACGUUCAAGAAAGAUCAAGUGCGGUGUAUCAGUGUAAUGCCUCUAACGAAUAUGGAUAUUUACUGGCAAACGCAUUUGUAAAUGUCCUAGCUGAGCCACCACGAAUCCUUACGUCUGCAGACACGCUCUAUCAAGUCAUUGCAAACAGGCCUGCUUUACUAGACUGUGCCUUCUUUGGGUCUCCUCUACCUACCAUUGAGUGGUUUAAAGGCGCUAAAGGGAGUGCCCUUCGUGAAGAUAUCUAUGUUUUACAUGAAAAUGGAACUUUGGAAAUUCCUGUGGCCCAGAAGGACAGUACGGGAACUUAUACAUGUGUUGCAAGGAAUAAGUUAGGAAUGGCGAAGAAUGACAUUCACUUAGAGAUCAAAGAUCCAACGAGGAUCAUUAAACAGCCUGAAUAUGCAGUUGUGCAAAGAGGGAGCACGGUGUCCUUUGAAUGCAUAGUGAAACACGAUCGCACUUUAAUCCCCACCGUCACGUGGCUAAAGGACCACAGGGAGCUACCCAGUGACGGAAGGUUCACUAUUGACAAGGACCAUUUGGUGGUCGCUGAUGUCAAUGAUGACGAUGGUGGGACCUACACGUGUGUGGCCAACACAACUCUGGACAACGUUUCGGCCAGUGCUGUGCUCAGCGUUGUCGCUCCCACUCCAACUCCAGCUCCCAUUUACGAUGUCCCAAAUCCUCCCUUUGACUUAGAAUUGACGGAUCAACUAGACAGGAGUGUUCAGCUGUCAUGGACCCCAGGCGAUGACAACAAUAGCCCUAUUACAAAAUUCAUCAUUGAAUAUGAAGAUGCAAUGCAUGAGCCGGGGCUGUGGCAUCACCAAACUGAAGUCCCUGGAGCUCAGACCACAGCCCAGCUGAAGUUGUCGCCCUAUGUCAACUAUUCCUUCCGAGUGAUGGCAGUAAACAGCCUGGGGAGCAGCUUGCCCAGCGAGGCAUCUGAGCAGUAUUUGACUAAAGCUGCAGAACCAGAUAAAAAUCCCACGGCUGUGGAAGGGCUGGGAUCAGAGCCGGAUAAUUUGGUGAUUACGUGGAAGCCCUUGAAUGGUUUCGAAUCUAAUGGGCCAGGCCUUCAGUACAAAGUUAGCUGGCGCCAGAAGGAUGGUGAUGAUGAAUGGACGUCUAUGGUUGUGGCAGAUGUAUCCAAAUACAUUGUCUCGGGCACCCCGACCUUUGUCCCAUACCUGAUCAAAGUUCAGGCCCUGAAUGACGCAGGCUUUGCUCCAGAGCCAGCUGUGGUCCUGGGACAUUCUGGAGAAGACCUCCCAAUGGUGGCUCCCGGGAAUGUGCAUGUAAACGUGGUAAACAGCACCUUAGCCGAGGUGCACUGGGACCCGGUACCUCUGAAAAGUAUCCGAGGACACCUGCAGGGCUAUCGGAUUUACUACUGGAAGGCACAGAGUUCAUCAGCCAGAAACAGACGCCAUAUUGAGAAAAAGAUCCUCACUUUCCAGGGCAGCAAGACUCAUGGCAUGUUGCCUGGGCUGGAGCCCUUUAGCCACUACACACUGAAUGUCCGCGUGGUCAAUGGGAAAGGGGAGGGCCCAGCCAGCCCCGACAGGGUCUUCAGUACCCCAGAAGGAGUCCCCAGCGCUCCAUCCUCUUUGAAGAUUGUUAAUCCAACGCUAGAUUCUCUCACUUUGGAAUGGGAGCCACCAAGCCACCCGAAUGGCGUUUUGACAGAGUACACCCUAAAAUAUCAGCCAAUUAACAGCACCCAUGAAUUAGGCCCUCUGGUGGAUUUGAAAAUUCCUGCCAACAAGACCCGCUGGACUUUAAAAAAUUUAAAUUUCAGCACUCGGUAUAAAUUUUAUUUCUAUGCACAAACAGCAGCAGGAUCAGGAGGUCAAAUAACAGAGGAAGCAGUAACAACUGUGGAUGAAGCUGGUAUUCUCCCACCUGAUGUAGGUGCAGGCAAAGCAAUGGCAAGCCGGCAGGUGGAUAUAGCAACUCAGGGCUGGUUCAUUGGUCUAAUGUGUGCUGUCGCUCUCCUGAUCUUAAUUUUGCUGAUUGUUUGCUUCAUCAGAAGAAACAAAGGUGGUAAAUAUCCAGUUAAAGAAAAGGAAGAUGCCCAUGCGGAUCCUGAAAUCCAACCUAUGAAGGAAGAUGAUGGCACUUUUGGAGAAUACAGUGAUGCAGAAGACCACAAGCCUUUAAAGAAAGGCAGUCGAACACCUUCAGACAGGACUGUGAAAAAGGAAGAUAGCGAUGACAGCCUAGUUGACUAUGGAGAGGGGGUGAAUGGCCAGUUCAAUGAGGACGGCUCCUUUAUUGGACAGUACAGUGGUAAGAAAGAGAAAGAACCAGCCGAAGGAAACGAAAGCUCAGAGGCACCGUCUCCCGUCAACGCCAUGAAUUCCUUUGUUUAA